AUGCUUCGUUUAGCUACAUAUACCCUAGCGGCAAUCUCGAAUAUUCCACUCGCCCAGGCUGGCCCUCUAUCAAAACAGACAUCCAAAUUUGACUGGUCAUCAACAAAUGCUGUGAUUGCUUUUGGUGAUUCCUACACCUAUGUACAGGGAACCCAGGGCCGCCAGAACUUCAGUUUCAUUGGAGAUCAAUUCGAUUUUGCCUAUGAUACGGAAACACUGUUGUCUAAUAAGAUAGUUCAGAAUCAGACGGGAACCGCAGAAGGCGGACCAAACUGGAUCGAAUAUCUCACAGAUUGCGGCGUCAAAGACGGCCUAACUUCCCCAAAGAGCUGCGAGAAACAACUCUGGGAUUUUGCAUUUGCAGGAGCCGACAUUUCAACCGAAUACAUACCCCUACACCACAACUACACCCUCUCCCUUGAAAACCAAAUAACACAAUUCACCCAAUACGGCCACCCAGCCCUACAGAAAAACAAACAAACGACCAACCCAAAGGAAACCCUAGUAGCAAUAUGGAUAGGAAUAAACGACAUAAGCGACAGCGCAAAAUACCCCGUCCCCUCCUUCCAAGAAUUUUACAAAACCCUAACAAAAUCCCUCUUCGCCUCCGUCGAAUCUCUCUACGAUCUCGGGUACAGAAAAUACCUGUUCAUGAAUUUACCACCGUUAGACCGGACACCUGGAAACCAAGCUGAUAUUAAUCCGAGUCCGAAUGCCACGCAGGUUGCGUGGUACAACCAGGCGUUAGAGACUCAGGCGGAUGCUUUUGGGGCUGGGCAUGGAGAUGUCGAGGUUAGGGUUUUUGAUGCUCAUUCGAGGCUGGCUGCGAUGCUUGAUGGACCUGCGAGGUAUGGGAUUGUUAAUACUACCGGGUUUUGUGUUGGAUAUGAUCAGCCUGAUAUUGAGGUUGAGUAUUUGAAGUAUGGGUGUCCCGUGCCGUUGGAGGAGUAUUUUUGGUUUAAUUCCGGGCAUUUGACUAGUCACGUGCAUCGGGUUUUGGCUGAGGAGUUGGAGGGAUGGCUGAAGAGUAAAUGA